AUGUCCUCACAGAAUCCGGGUAAUAUGCCUCCCCAAGGCCCUCCCUAUCUCCCCAAAACAGCCGGUCUGGGAGGCCGUCCAACAACCUCGGUCGACGACCCAAUCAGCGCCGUAUUACUCGCCUUCUUCGUCGCCGGCGCCGCCCUCAACAUGACCAUCCUGCAACUCAACCGUCGUCGCUCCCACAAGUUCAUCCUCUCCGGACUUCUUUUCGGUUUCUGCAUGGCGCGCAUCACCGCCAACGUGCUCCGCAUCGUUUGGGCCUCGUACCCGACCAACACGAGUGUCGCUAUCGCAGCACAGGUGUUUACAAACGCCGGUGUCGUUCUCCUUUUCGUCGUGAACCUCAUCUUUGCGCAGCGCAUUCUGCGGGCAUAUCAUCCACAUAUCGGAUGGAGCAAGCCUGCUUCGCUGGCGUUCAAGUUCCUGUACUUUGCCGUUGCUGCGAGUCUCAUUAUGCUUAUCACGGCUGUUGUGUAUAACUUUUACACCCUGAACCCACAUACCAAGCAGCAACUCCGCGAUGUACAACUCACCGGCAGCACAUUUCUCGCCAUCCUCGCUUUUCUUCCUCUGCCCGUGGUCGGCCUCUGCCUCGUACUUCCUCGAAAAGCACCCAUGGACAAGUUCGGACAGGGACGCAUGCGAACAAAGGUCCAACUCCUCACCUUCACCACCGUUCUCCUGACCCUCGGCGCCGCAUUCCGAACUGGCGUAGCAUACAAGAUCCGCCCAGCCAACGACCCAGCCUGGUAUCACAGCAAAGCAUGUUAUUACUGCUUCAACUAUGUCAUUGAGAUCAUUGUUGUCUUCUCAUAUGCGCUGUCUCGAUUCGACCGACGCUUUCACAUUCCCGACGGCAGCCAUGCCCCUGGCGAUUACUCUGCCCCCAAGUCUGAGGCUCAACAGGGCAUGUAUCGUGUUAACACCGAGACCGAAGUGUUCGGUGAGGAUGAGCGACCACAGACAGCGGAGCAGCAAAAAGAGCAGCAAAGACAAUGGGAGGCAGGCCUCAAGGACGAGAUAAAAAAGGAGACCGUCUGA